AUGGUAUACAUUACCUCCGAUCUCUUCGGCCCCAGCACCACACGCGAUUGGCAACAAGACAACACAUCUCACAAUUGGCACACCAUGGCCCCCGACCAGCCCGCCGCCGGUCUUGGCAAGAGAAAGCGACAAGCAGGCGACGACAAACCACAACUCUACGAACGCCCAUGUACUUCCCUCCACCCUUCCGGCACCGAAAUCUCCCCAAAGAGCAUCCCGCGUCACCACCGCUCCUCUCUAAGCCGCGACGCCUCUCGUCUCCACCACCCCAAUACCCCGCCAUUCGACUCCAACAACACCCUCUCCUACGCCUUCCUCCCCUCAAAGGCCCACGACUUCUCGUCAGACCGCCGCCCCGUCAAACAACUCAAACGCUUCAGUCCAAAAGCCUCCCUCGUAAAAUCAACCUCGCACCUCAUGGAUAUCGAUCUCGACGUUCAAUCUCCUACUACUACUACCUGUGGGACCCCGGCACAUCACCAUGCGGUCUCCGACCUGCGCUCGUGCCAUGCCUGCCAAAAAGCGCCGACGCGAAAGAAGGAUCUGGAAAAUUAUCUAGACUGCAGGAGGUGUGAGGGACGGACGUGCUUCAUUUGCGCCAGGCAGUGUGUUGGCUGUGCCAAGGCGAUUUGUAAAAAGUGCAUAGUGGAGGUCGGGGAAGAGGGCGAUGCCUGGUGUUUGGAUUGUUACUCGCGGACCAUCAAUUCCUGA